AUGGUGAAAGGGGCAUACAAAACUGAAAACUGUGGGGCCUUUCUCCUUUCAAUAAUUAAACACUCAGAUUUGAAAGUGGUCCAAUACGAAGCCGUCGGUCAAGAACAUGGCAUUACAGCUCAUAGCGCAUACUGCCGUUUCAACGGUAUCAAGAACGCUCUGAAGGCAGAGUCCCAGGUUGAAAACACUAAAUCUGAGAACACCGAGAACCAACCUGUUCAGAUCUCACCCUCAAAAAAGCGAGGUCGAAAGGCAGCAUUCCCUACCAAGCCAAAAGGUAAAAAGGCGAAGGAGAGUCUCAAUGCAGCUACGGGGCCAGAGUUGUCUGGUGUUAACGGUACUGGAGAAGAUGGAUUGGACGAAGAUGAUGAAGAGCAAAUUCUUUCUUCUCCAAGUAAAAAACAGAAGAAAAAGAGAGUAGUGAAGGUUGAAAAGAGAGCUUACGAGAGCGAUGAGUCGGACAAUUGGCUUGAGUGA